CACAGCCAAGGUGGCCCGGGCUUCUUCCUUACAGGUGUUUAAGGAUAGCUCGCCGUCACCGAUCGCCCGCCUCGCCCCGCGGCUCAGACGCUGAGUAGCUGCCGACGUCGCCGAGGACGGUCUGGCUUGCCGUGCCUCCAGCUGCAGAGCACUUAUAUUGAAGCUAGAGACAAGAUAUUUGUGCAAUUUCUGUGUUGAGAUUAAAACAUAUGGCAAUGAAGAAAGAGACAGAAUUUGGGGUUUUCAUCUGAAGAAAAUGACAGACAACAACCAAACCUGUGCUGCAGGCCAGGCCUCCGUGCCCUACAUGACUUGUUUGAUUCACGUGCUUGAGCAGUGGCUGGGUGUGGAACAAUUGGAGGACUAUUUGAAUUUUGCAAGCCAUCUCUUGUGGGUUUUUACCCCACUGAUACUUUUAAUACUCCCUUACUUUACCAUCUUUCUUCUCUACCUUACUGUGGUUUUCCUGCACAUCUAUAAGAGGAAGAAUGUGUUAAAGGAAGCCUACUCUCAUAAUUUAUGGGAUGGUGCAAGGAAAACAGUGGCCACUCUGUGGGAUGGACACGCAGCGGUUUGGCAUGGUUACGAAGUUCACGGGAUGGAAAAGAUACCGGAAGGACCAGCUCUUAUCAUUUUUUAUCAUGGAGCGAUUCCCAUAGACUUUUACUACUUCAUGGCUAAGAUCUUCAUUCACAAGGGCAGAACGUGCCGAGUAGUAGCUGACCACUUUGUCUUUAAAAUCCCAGGAUUCAGUUUAUUACUAGAUGUAUUUUGUGCUCUUCAUGGGCCAAGAGAAAAAUGUGUUGAAAUCCUGAGGAGUGGCCACUUGCUGGCUAUUUCACCAGGAGGAGUCCGAGAAGCCUUGCUCAGUGAUGAAACCUACAGCAUCAUCUGGGGUAACAGGAAAGGCUUUGCGCAGGUCGCCAUUGAUGCGCAAGUGCCCAUUAUUCCUAUGUUUACACAAAAUAUUCGAGAAGGAUUUAGAUCACUUGGAGGAACAAGAUUAUUUAAGUGGCUUUAUGAAAAAUUCCGCUAUCCAUUUGCUCCAAUGUAUGGAGGUUUUCCUGUAAAGUUGCGGACCUUCUUAGGUGAUCCCAUUCCAUAUGACCCAAAGAUAACUGCCGAAGAAUUAGCUGAAAAGACCAAGGACGCCCUUCAGGCUUUGAUUGAUAAGCACCAAAGGAUACCGGGCAACAUCAGGAGUGCUCUGCUGGACCGCUUUCAUAGUGAGCAGAAGGCCGAUUGAGAGACAAUGUAAUGAGUCUCUAGUGACAAGCUCACAGCUGCAGUACUGUCUUAAAUUUUUUUAGGUUGUAUAAUAGUGUUUUUUAAAGCAUCAUGUUAAUAAGUAUCUUUCUUAGAACUUGUUUAUUUAAAUUUAUAUUGUUAACCUCGUCCUUUCAAUCAGUUGUGUCAAAUUUAUAAGUAACUCAUCAGUUGCCUGACUCAGAAAGUGAUCAUGUUGCAUUUGCAAUCUUUAGUAGCAUAUGAUAAGCAUAGAGUCUUAGUGUUAAGUCUUUCUUGAUAUCAGCAGGUUAAGCAGACUUUCCUAAAUUAUGUCUGCUGUGCCGAUCUGAUCAUUAGGGGCGCGUGCAUUAGGUGUAGCACUGAAUUUCGGUGAGAGGUGCCUGUCUGUCUUCAUUCCAUUCACAGCUGCGGGUAAGUUGUAAUGCUUUUGUACCUCAGCGAUGCAAGCAUGAUAAUAUUGUGGUGAUGAACAUGACUUUGAGUUGCUUGUGUCCACUGUGCUGUCUGUAGUGUGAGAGCUAUAACUGAACUGAUUCCUGAGUCCUGAAGGAGUUAGGUACAUUUGUUUUUGUUCAUUGAGCGUAACAAUUCCUUCAGGUGUGAUGUCCAGUUGCCAAGCAUAUUGAAAGAGCUGUACUGUUUUAUAAAUCAAGACAUUGUUAUUUCUUUAGUAUUUAUUUUAAACAAGUAUCUAAGUAAACAUAUAGAAUAAGUUGUCAGCAUGGUGUUUUAUUGGGGUAAGGAUAGAAUCACGGUCACAUUCCGCAGUUCAUGUUAGAAGCUGAUUCUAGGCUGAGGAAUAAGGAACAAGAAAGCACUGAUAUUGCUUACUAUCCUGGUUUGUUUUGCUAUGCUCUGCAGCCAGUCAUGUGGCUUACUAUUUCAGUAAAAUGUACUUGAAUGAUGAAUGUCUGUAAACACGGAGCUCUCUGAAAAUGUAAUGGCAUUUGAUUUGUUGUCUCCCUAAAAACUGAUUUUAAAAGUAUUUAAACAGCAAAGUAUCAUAAAUCCUCUGCAGUAUGUCUCUUUCCAACUUUGUAGUACUUGGGUUUUAUAUGAAUUUUUUAAUCACAAGUGUAUAUUUAUGAUAUAUAUAAAUAUAUAAAAUGUAUAUAGAAAUGAUAUAAAUAAAGGUGAAUUGCAAAUCA